AUGGAGUCCACUGGAGAACCAAGACGAUUUGGUGCCUCUAAGUUCUUGGAAGUUACUGCAAGUAACUCCUGGGAUGAAGAUGAAGUUGAAGAUGAAAGUAAAAUUAAGCCAAAGUCUUCACCCAUUCCAAGAAGAAGGAGUUCUUCAUCUUCAGACGAUUCAGAGGCAGAAGGCCCUCCUGUAAUUACAAGAAAAGUUUCCUUUGCGGAUGCUUUUGGUCUGAAUCUUGUCUGUGUUAAAGAGUUUGAUAGCUGGGCUGUACCAACUACAUCAUUCACUGAUAUAUUUGAGGAUGAAGUCCCCAGAAGUGAGGAAUAUUUUCUUUCCUCUGUUUUUGUGGUGCCCUCCUCUCACGAUGAGCUCAUGCAAAAACUUUAUGAACAAAAGGUAGAACUGGAAUCCUUUGAGUUUGUUCCUGGAGGUCUGACAGCAAUGACGGGAAUUAUCCGGGUUUUUAAUGUGUGUUUUGAAAAGUUGGUUUAUGUUCGUAUGACUUUAGAUGCCUGGAGCAGUUACUAUGACUUGAUGGCACAGUACGUGCCUGGCUCCAGUGAUGGGGAGACUGACCAGUUUUCUUUUAAGAUUUCAUUAGUGCCUCCAUAUCAAAAAGAUGGAGGCAAAGUGGAGUUUUGUAUACGUUACGAAACUUCAGUUGGUACAUUCUGGGCAAACAACAAUGGAUUAAAUUAUGUGCUUUUCUGUCACAAAAAAGAAAUGCCAGAGGUAACAACGAAAACACAAGAGGAAAACACUGAUAAAAAUAUAAAAAGCUGUUUAAAGACAAUUAACAGUAAAGGAAAUGCCACGGCGCUUGAUGACACACUGGUUCAACCAGGAACUCCAGACAUAUCUAAAAGUAAAACACAAGUGGUUGUCAAUGAAACAAUCGAAAACCUAUCUCCAAACCAAGAAGCACCCCAUGGAGACACCACACAGCUUGAGGGUGAUUAUAAGGAACAGUUACAAUCUCAGAUGGAUCAGAACCAAAACCCAACACCAAUGAAUCAAAGCAAAAUGGGAACCAAUUCAUCAGCUUCAAAAAACCAUAACUCCCACAUACAUGAUCUCUUAUUUAAGAAAACCAAGGCAUGCCAGAUUCAUAGUGAAGAAAAGCCAGACAUCAAGGCUAGUGACCACAAAAUAGGCAUUCCACAAAUUUGUGAAAAAGGCCCCAUUCCUUCUCCAACAUGUGAUGAGAACCAAACAAGUACCAGAGAUAAUAGAAACUCAGAAUCUCUAGAAACAUUUUCUCAAACUUCCAAAGUACAAAGUUGGCAGUGUUCACAAGAAGCUGAAUCAAAGCCAGAAGAUGUCUUGCCUUCAAAAGAAGAUGAAUACAGGGAAGAUGCUCCUGUUGAACUUGAACAAGAAAAGAACAUCUUGCUAGGAGACAAGAUGUUUAGAAGAACCACUGAGCAUGAGAUGUUGGAGAUAUUGUUCAUAGCAGAAGUAGAGCAGGAUGCAAAUAUAUUGAAGGAGACAUCUGAAAUAAAGCUGCCAGCAAUUGCCACACACUACCAUAAAUGUAGUUUAGAUCACGCAUCUGAAAAAGAUUCAUGUCCGGAAGCCAAAGAUCCAUUUAAAAGCAAAUCAAAUUUAAGUAAAGACAGUGUAACUUCCUAUGAAUAUAAUGUCAAAGAUGAUAUAGUUAUGGGUGCUUCAAAUGAGGAAGUUUGGAAAGACAUAGGAACUGGUUUUCAUGAAGUGAAAAAAACUAGCAGUGCUACAAGCCAAGAAGUAAUAAAGAAGGAGGUCAGGCUGGAUACUGAAAAUAUAAGCAAUAGUUUCCUGGAAGAUCUAUUGGGUUCAGAUAAUUUAGCAAGUUGCAGUAAAGAGAAAGAAAGUAAGGAGACCAUACAAGAAAAUAUUAAAAAAGAAUGGUCAUAUGAUAUAAAGGUAAGUGAGAGUGGUCUAGACAAAAAGCACCUAAUACCCAGAAUCAUGGUUGUUUCUACUCAUGGAGCUCAGGUAGAUGAGCUAUCAAAUAAGCAUGAAAGUGAGUCAAUAUCUGCAAAUAAGACACACGAAAAAGCAAGUACAGAACCUCCACAGGAAAAAGAAGCAGUCUGCCAAGAAGAUAUAACCAAAGCAUCUCAACAAGGAUAUACCCAGACAGAACCUCAACAAGAUAUAAUGCAGCAGGCAAACGCUAGAAAGGAGUCCAUUUUAGACCUGUAUAGUGAUGAGAACAUUGCACUAGACACUGAACCAGACAGCAUUACAAGUAAAUCUAAAGCUGUGCAGUACAUAACAAGCAUUCAGGAAACAUAUGUUGAAAAUAAGGCUUUAAUUUUUAAUAAGCAUAAUGCAGGCACUCGAGAAGAGUCUAAUUCUUUUUAUACAACAAUAAGACCUGAAUCUUCACUUUCAGGUCUGAUAGUAAAAGUGUCGUCAGACAACACAAGUACUCAUAUAGAAGAAGACAUCUACGCAGGUCACCAUUAUUCAUUACCUGGCAAUAAAGGGGAAUGCAGUCAAAUUGCAAUAACAAAUUAACCAAGUGAAGAAAUGCCUGUCCAACAAGUCAGUGAAAAGAAGAUUACUACAGAAACAGCAGACGUCAAAAUGAGUGAUACAACGAAAAACAUCAUCAGCAAAAGAAGGGGAAGGCACAACACCAUUACACAAUUUGUUAACAAAAGACAUCAUGAAGGCCACCAGCAGAAAUUACUUAGGCCAUUCAUCUCAAUUAGUGAGGCUGUAGAUGAAGAGGAUGAAACUGAAGUAGAAAUUGAGGCCCUGAAUGAUCACCAUGAACUUUUAGAAAAUACGGACGAACCUUCAAGUGAAAGUUGGCCCACAGCUGAAAAAGCAGAAAUUAUAGACUCAGCUUGCCUGUCUUGGUGGAAUAGCGAGACAUUGAUUUUACGCCACAUUAGUAAGGAGGUGCUUUAUUUCCUUCUGUUUGUCGCAUUUCUGGUAACCAUGUGUCGUUAUGAUUUUGUUGCUUGUUUUGCUCUUUACAUAUUUUCUGUUUGCUGGAUGUAUUGUCAGGGGGACAAACAUAGUGAAUCAUUUUCAAAGAAAUUAUGAAACACAAAAAUUAUUGAGAUACAGGGGUACAGAUGUACCAAGGUCUUCAAUCCACGUGCAAAUUGGACCAAGUUUUGGGAAUUUUGAGUGCCUACAUUAUUUGUUUGUUUGUAGGUUUCCAUUCAAAUGAUUGUGCAAAUUGCUUUUUGGAUAAAAGACUUUGAUAAAUCUGAGCCACAAAUACACAAGUUUUACAGCAUGGCAUGCCCCAGUGGUGUUAUUUAGAUCAUAUUCUAUAGAAUACACUUUUCUUGCUUCAAUAGUUGCUAUCAAAAGGUGCU